ACACUGCACUCCCGAACUAGUAACUACGGUUUCUUUCUUACACACAGAGCUCCUUCCAUUUCGUUCCACCUUGCCCAGUCGCUGCGACAAGACGGAUACGCCGCCGUUGAAGGAUCAAUUCUGAUUCAAUUCUAGGUCGGCCUGAUGAAGAAGGUUGUGCUCAAGCUGGACCUGCACGACGACAAGCACAAGCAGAAGGCGCUCAAGCUCGUCUCUGGCCUCCAAGGCAUCGACCAGAUCUCCCUGGACAUGAAGGACCAGAAGAUGACGGUCAUCGGCACCGUCGACCCCGUCGACGUCGUCGCCAAGCUGCGCAGCAAGCUCUUCCCCGCCGCGCAGAUCCUCUCCGUCGGCCCCGCCAAGGAGGAGAAGAAAGACGACAAGAAGGACGCCGCCGCCGGAGGGGACAAGAAGGACGACAAGAAGGACGCCGCCGCCGGCGCCAACAAGACGCAGCAGGUCAUGCCGGUGUACCCGCACCACUGGUACCCGCCGCCGCCGCAGCCGCGCUACGUCGUCCACAGCGCCGAGGACGACCCCAACUCCUGCGUCAUCUGCUGAUCGCCGCUUGUCGAUCCAUGGGGUCUGCCUGCUGGUGGCUGCUAGCCUGCUAGUGGUUGGUGGUUGCUCUACUCAUCAGCCUACCUGCUGCGCUGAUCGACGGCGUGCGUUAUGACUUAUGAAUGGCCGUGUAUAGGUACUACGGGUUGCAUCGGUGAUAGUCCUAUAUCAAUGUUUCGGUUAAUACACAUUACAGAUGAUAGUCCUAUAAUAUAACUGUAUGUUACUAUUCGGGGACUUUUGUCGCACAUAAAUGGCAAGGCUGACCGGUCACGUUGUAAGAGGAAGAUCACGAAAUUCGACACCUCCGGUCAAUGUAGCUCUCAUGAUCCUGUCCCAAACCAA